CGGCACCGCACCAUGGAGCUGAAGAAGGACGGAGGCAACGCGGUCACCAUCGACAUGCUGCUCAUAGUGCACUCGGAGAAGCGGCGCGCGGCGCAGGGCGCGCACUUGGACCCGCAGGCCGAGCCGGGCGCGCGGCUGCAGAGCGGAGGAGGACCCCAAGGGGUCAGAAACGGGAUCCGGAAAUGGCAGCAAUUAGAAGGAAAUGAUUUUCAUGGAAACCUGGCAGAGAAGCAUCAUCUUCAACAGCCUCAGGUCAUCACUUCCUAUGACAACCAAGGGACGCAGCUGACUGUGGAGGUUCACCCCCGAGACACUGUGCCCCAGCUGCUCAAGAAGUUCUCCUUGGCUAAACGUUUACAAGGUGACAAAAAUGGAAACACGAGACCCCGGCAACCUGGAGGGAAAGAUGCCCAUGCCUACCCCUGGGACAGGUCAAGCUUGAAAUCCAUGCCCCUGGACCUGCGGCAGUUCGAGAAACUAGACACCUAUGCAGCACAGGUGACCGUCAAGAGUGGCCUGGACGAGCUGGUGAGUGACCUGCUCCAGGAGGCCCACAGCGAUCUGGAAAGGGUCCGUGCCAUCUGGACGUGGAUCUGCCACCAUAUAGAGUACGAUGUCGAGGCUGCCCAGGAGAAGGACCGACAGGCCUUCAAACCCACUGACAUCCUGCGGACCAAGAAGACCAACUGCGACGGCUAUGCCGGACUCUUUGAAAGAAUGUGCAGGAUUGCUGGUGUGCAGUGCAUGGCCGUGCCUGGCUAUUCCAAGGGCUUCGGCUACAAGACAGGGCAGAGUUUCUCCGGAGAGUUUGACCAUGCCUGGAACGCUGUGUUCCUGGAGGGGCGAUGGCACCUGCUGGACAGCACCUGGGGCAGUGGCCUGGUGGACACUGCCACCUCCAAAUUCACCUUCCUCUACAAUGAAUUCUACUUCCUCACCCACCCUGCCCUGUUCAUCGAGGACCAUUUCCCAGACAAUAAGAACUGGCAGCUGCUCAGGCCUCCUCAGUCUCUGAGGCAGUUUGAGAACAAUAUGUACCACAAAAGCGAAUUCUACAACAAGGGGAUGCUCAGUGCCCACCCGGACACCCCCAUAAUCCGAACAGUGAACGGCAAGGCCACGAUCACCAUCGAGAGCUGCGCCCCCACCCUCUUCAUGUUCAUGUUCAAUGGCAGGCAGGAGCACGGGCUACUGAGCCUCCGGAAAAACGGGAUGAAGCUGGAGGUGUUCCCCCCGACCAUGGGCACCCACAAGCUGCAGAUCUUCGCCAAAGGCAACUCUGACAUCUACAGCUCCGUGCUGGAAUACACCAUCAAGUGUAACUACGUGGACCUCGGGGUCCGGCUGCCCGCUGAGCUUCACCAGCCCGUGGGCCCCAGCUGGUUCUCGGAGCAGAUGGGCAUCUUGAAACCCUCCCACCCCGACCCCAUCAUCCACACCAGGGACGGGCGCUGCUCGGUCAGCUUCGGCGUGGAGGAAGGCGUCAGCGUGCUGGCGUCGCUGCACGGCGACGGCGGCCCCAUCACCGAGGAGACGCAGCGCCGCUACAUCUUCCAGCUGCACCGCGAGAAGCGGACCGAGCUGAGGGUCCAGCUGCCCCACGCCGGCAAGUUUGCGCUCAAGAUCUUCGUGAAGAAGAGGCAGGAGGCGGGCAACUACGUCUUCGUGUUCAACUACCUCCUGUGCUGCGGCAACACCAAGGUGAACUGGCCCGUGUUCCCGGAGAGCUUCGGCAACUGGGGGCAGAACAAUGAGCUGCUGGAGCCCCUGUCGGGCGUGCUGCCCGCCAACCGGAACGUGCCUUUCAAACUGAAGCUGCACGGCAUCGCCAAAGUCCUGGUGAAGGGGCAGGACACGUGGCCCCUGACCCUGAACCCCGAGGGCUACUGGGAAGGGAGCUGCAGCACAGCGGGCUGCGACGAGGUGCACGUCAUGGUGCUGGAGAACGCCAAUCACAACUUCUACUCUUACAUCCUGAAAUAUAAAGUGAGUGCCCAGUGAGGGCCUGCACCCCGCCCCACAGCCUCCCAGGGCCAGGGCCAGCAGCUCUGCCCCGGGAAGGGCUCUAGGGAAGUGCAGAGAACCCAGGACACUGACCUGCAUGAAAUCACUUCUAGGCCUCUGCCUCAGUCUCCCCCCCACACCUCUCCCCUUCGCCCCGCC